AUCUAUAGUGAUUUAAACUGUGACGAAUUGUCAGUUUGCGAUCUGUCGUUGCUGUGUUAUUGUAGUGGUUUUGUAUUAAUAAUUAAAUUUUAUAAAAGGAGUCCUCCAGAGCUAUAAAACAUUAAAUAUAAUUAAACUACAAUAUGAAUGCGCCUCCGACCUUCGAAUCGUUCCUUUUAUAUGAAGGAGAAAAAAAAAUAAUCAAAGAACAAGACACUAAAGUUCCCAAUGCCGCGAUUUUCACUGUUAAUAAGGAAGAUCAUACCCUUGGAAACAUGAUACGCAAUCAGCUACUGAAAGAUCCUCAAGUCUUGUUUGCUGGAUACAAAGUUCCACAUCCAUUAGAACACAAAUUUGUAAUUAGAAUCCAAACUACAUCAGACUAUACGCCACAUGAUGCUUUUAUGCAUGCUAUUACAGAUCUCAUAGCAGAACUCUCACUAUUUGAAGAACGUUUUAAGGAAGCUAUUAAGGAGAAAAAGGAAGGACUAGAUUAAGUCGUAUCUUUCUUCUUUUAUAUUUAUAAUUGUAUAUAUGUAAGGGAUUAAUAUGUAUCUCAAGUUUUUAGAUCAUUAAGAGAACUGAUUUACUUUAAUAAGUACACUGAAAAUGACUGGUAUUUGUACAUAUGAAUAA